UGAGGACGGUGGGAGCAGAUCCAUUUCCGGGUUGGCAAAAGGGGCGGCGGCGGCGAGAAAGGGAGCUUGCUGGGGGGCGAGCAGGACGGGACGACGGUGGAGCGGAUUUGGCGGAGGAUUCGCUCCCGGAGCCGCUGCGGCCAGGUCGGAAAGAGGCCGAGGAGGCUGGGUAUAUGAGUGACCUAAAGCUGCAAAUUAAAACGGAGAGAGAGCAGUGCCAACUGCGAGCAGGGCAAGGAUGCCAAUUCCUCCUCCCCCUCCACCCCUGCCUGGUCCUCCUCCACCUCCCACUUUUAACCAGGCAAACACAGAGCUGCCCAAGCUGAGUAGAGAAGAGCAGCGGGGUCGAGGUGCCCUCUUACAGGACAUCUGCAAAGGGACCAAGCUGAAGAAGGUGACCAACAUUAAUGAUCGGAGUGCUCCCAUCCUUGAGAAACCUAAAGGAAGCAGUGGUGGUUAUGGCUCUGGAGCAGCUGCCCUACAGCCCAAGGGAGGUCUCUUCCAAGGAGGGGUGCCAAAGCUCCGACCUGUGGGAGCCAAGGAUGUUUCAGAGAACCUAGCUGGUAAGCCAGCUCUACAAGUCCCCAGUUCCCGAGCUGCUGCUCCAAGGCCUCCAGUGUCUACAGCCAGCGGGCGCCCUCAAGAUGAUACCGACAACAGCCGAGCCUCCCUCCCAGAACUGCCCCGGAAGCAGAGACCGUCGUUACCGGACCUCUCCCGGCCUAAUACCACCAGCAGUACGGGCAUGAAGCACAGCUCCUCUGCCCCUCCUCCGCCACUCCCAGGGCGGCGUGCCAAUGCACCCUCUACACCUCUGCCUAUGCACAGCAACAAAGCCCCAGCCUACAACAGAGAGAAACCCUUGCCGCCCACACCUGGACAAAGGCUUCACUCUGGUCGAGAGGGACCUCCUGCUCCACCCCCAGCCAAACCACCUCCUUCCCCUGUGAAUGUUAGAACGGGACCAAGUGGCCAGUCUCUGGCCCCUCCUCCUCCGCCUUACCGCCAGCCUCCUGGGGUCCCCAAUGGACCCUCCAGUCCCACUAAUGAGUCAGCCCCUGAGCUGCCACAGAGACACAAUUCUUUGCAUAGGAAGACACCGGGGCCUGUCAGAGGCCUAGCGCCUCCUCCACCCACCUCAGCCUCCCCCUCUUUACAGAGUAAUAGGCCUCCUCCCCCAGCCCGAGACCCUCCCAGUCGGGGAGCAGCUCCUCCAGCCCCGCCACCCAUGAUCCGAAAUGGUGCCAGGGAUGCUCCCCCUCCCCCACCACCAUACCGAAUGCAUGGGUCAGAACCCCCGAGCCGAGGAAAGCCCCCACCUCCGCCCUCCAGGACGCCAGCUGGGCCACCCCCUCCUCCUCCACCACCCCUGAGGAAUGGCCACAGAGAUUCAAUUACCACUGUCCGAUCUUUCUUGGAUGACUUUGAGUCAAAGUAUUCUUUCCACCCAGUAGAAGACUUUCCUGCUCCAGAAGAAUAUAAACACUUUCAGAGAAUAUAUCCCAGCAAAACAAACCGAGCUGCCCGUGGAGCCCCGCCUCUGCCACCCAUUCUCAGGUGAAGCCUGGCUUGGUCCUGUUCCUCAGGAAAAGGAUGGACCCUCUCCUCUUCUCAGAUGGUCCCUUCCAUUCCCCUGAAACCUGCAUGAGAGCUCCUAACAUGUUUCUCCAGUGCAGCCAACCUGUAGACUCCAAGCGUCCUCCCUGCUCACCUCCAUCUAUGCAUCUUGUCUCUGGACUUGGUGAUCAGACUCUUUAUAUUGACAGUGGGGUCUCAAACCCUGCAUCCAUGUAUCCUCUAGCAAGCUUUGCUAGCCAGAUGAGGAAAAAGCUUCCAUGUCUCCCUCUUUCCUCUUGGGGAAAGGUGCCUUGUUGUGAUGAAUUAACUCACUGGGGCAGGAUGGAGAAUGCUACUCCUGCCUCCUCCUACCACUGUGGGGGGAACUUGGUGGGUAUAUAUUAGAUUUCAUCAUUUGGGAGGUUGGAGGCUGGCAUGGCCAGGACUUCUGGGGAGUGGGCAUUUUUAGUGAAACAGGAAGGGAGUUUGCAGAGAAGUGAUCUGUUUUAAAGGUCAAGUUUGGAGAAAGGGCAAGGAAAUGGGUCUGCUUUAUUUUUAGGGGUAUUUUGGUUUUGCUCUUGCCCCAUGGCUCCCCCCCGCAGAGAUAAGUUGGAUAUAAACACUAAAUACUAAUCAGUUGAACUAAACAUCUAAUAAAAAGAGAGGAUGAAAUAAACUGGGGAUCCUUUUAGAGCUAGUCAGUUCCUCUGAAGCAAAGGGACCAGGAGCCAUUUGAGUCCUCUGGGCCUCCCUACCCCAUUUCCUCAGGGCGCUGAGACUGAGGGAUGUUUUUCCUCCGCCCCUUCACUCCCCAAGAGAAAAGUUAUUUUCAUUCAUUCAUUCCAGAUUCACAAAUCCCAAAAACCUCCGGUGGGAGAUAGGAAGACAGGGCCUUGGCCUUAACCUUAACCUUGAGUCUGCCUCAGUCUUUUCUGACUGGCCCUGAAGGCCACUGGCCCUUUCAGUCCUGUCCAGAAACUUCAGCCCCUGGUGGGUGCUCCAGAAUGACAAAGAAGGGAAGAGUGAAGCACCUUGUGGAAGGGACCAGCUCUGUGGGCUACGAAAGACUUUAACUAAGGCCUACUCGUUCCGAAGUUCGCGGCCCAUCUGACUGAGCAGGAUCUUCCUGUUCGUUUCUCCACCACCCUUGCCUUCCCAAGACUGCAGGGGUUAACACAGCAGAGUAGACAAGGGUGAGGAAGUCUAUGGGGGUAGUCAAAGAUUCCUCGGUGCCAAGAAGCACAAAGACUUGGGUGAGGUGUGCCUAGUCCAGUUGAUCUUCCUUGGCAGCCAGCAAUAUGUUGUUUCUUCUUCUUCUAAGUCCUAGGUAAAGAGCACAGAGAAAAUGAGGGUUCCCUAAGUAGGAACUGAGCUUGGAUGAUGGGACAGGGACUUCUCCAACAGCAGGACGGGGCUCCUGGGCUCCACACACCAGAUGGUUUAGUUUGCGACUGCUCUUGCCAAAUGUAGAGACUGCUCAAAGCUUGCAGUGAGAGCAGGGAGGCUGUGGCUAUUCCUUCAAAUGGAUAGGGAGAAUCAGUUAAAAAACUUCACCAGAUGCAUCGUAGGCUCAAACCCUCUUAGGGGCCUUUCCGAUUUAUUGGAUCACAGACUAAGGAUCUGUGCAUGGUGCCCAGUGAAACCAAAGUCUUUCCAAUGCUAGAUGAGAGAGGGUUCAACCUGGGUUAUUUGUAUGAGGGCUGCUAUCCUUUGCCAUCCCUGGACCACAUUGACUCUCGGGGCAAACCAUGAUUAGGUCUGUCACCAAACUUUUUCUAAUCAUUCUUUUUUUAUCAUUCUUAUUUUCAAAUCUGUUAGCAGUUAUCUUCCAGCAGUAUCCCCAGCAUCCUGAAGCCAGUAGAGCUGUGAGAGGGGAUGCUGGUGGAGGGAAAAGGAGAGAGUACAGAGUUGAUACUGCAGCAGAGUUCCAGGGUAGAUACUGACCACUUAUUGAACUUGGACUGUGAAAUUUUCCCAUUUAUUUUUUAAAUGGGAAUUGAUGCCUUUGUACAAUGUUAUCAAAGUAUAUCUUUUUCACCCCUUUCCUCAAACACAGAGCGUCAAAAUAAGUAUCACAAGAAAAAGCCAAACCCCAGCUUUUCACUGGGGCCGUCUUCCUUCCCUGUGACCUGCUGCCCCUCAUAUUCCACUACAUUUGGACUGUGUCGCGUGGGUAUUGAUUGUAUUUUCAUAUUCUUGGCCUCAUGAAAAAAGGCCUCUGCCUAGAUCUAGUCGGCUGGAUUUUCUUCAGAACAUGUUGAUGACAUAGUACCUAUUUAAAUGUCUUUGCCUUAUACGUUAUUUGAUCUCUCUGUUAAUAACAGAUUUAUUAUCAUGUAUAUUUACUAUUGAAGAAUGGGAAUGUGAUCCUCGUA